AUGUUUGCAGGUGCCUUGCCCCUGGUGACGGCCACAACGCUGUGCUUCACGCCCGUCCUCAAGUGGCUAAUCAUCAGCUCCUAUUGCCUGCUCUCGCUGUGGGGCCUCUACAAGGCUCUAACCGCCAGCUCGCCCUGGCAGCGUCGCCUGUGUUUUGCUCUGCCCUUUGGCAUGCGCUCCAUACUGACAUUUCUGCGGAUCCGGGGAAUGGUCGGCGGCAGUCAUAUGGCCCUCUCGCAUGUCUAUCUGCAGGAUGGCGUCUCCAUACUGGGCGGUGCGAUUGGUGCCAUGCGUAUACCGGAGAAGUGGUUCCCCGGCGUGGUUGACUUUUAUCUGAAUUCCCACAACAUCAUGCACGUGCUGGUCGUGGUCGCAGUCUACUCGAUGCAUAAGGCCACCAUCAAGGACUUUGAGUGGAUGUCCACACAGACCUGCAAUAGCUUUGAAAAUGUCACCGAGCAGGCGCUCGGCCAUGUGGAGCUAUGA